CCCCUCGCCACAACAUCAGUUAUAUCAGACAUGUCUUCUAACGAGAUCUCAUCUUCGCCCCCAAGCUCAUCGCCCUUGAGCGAGGGCACAAAGUCCGCGCCUGCGCCUGCCCCGUCCAAGGUCCAGAAUCUUGCCCGCCGAUACUCUGCCUUAGCCAAACAGGCCGCCUCAGGAAGCAAUUACGUCCCCCAUAACAAUGUUGGCAAACCUGCCGGAGGCAAGGUCGCGGGAUUCGCCAGCAAAGUCAACGCACCCACGAACGCCACCACAUUCACAGAGUCCAAGCCUCAAUCUCUUGCCAAGACACCCGAGGUUCAGGAGCAGCACGAGGACGAAUCAACUCAGGAGAACAGUCCUGUUAACGUCGACGAGGAGAUCGAGAACUCUUCGGAGUUCGCUGAUCUGACAGAGAAGGUGAAGGACAUUGGUCUUGUCGAUAUUCCUUUGCAGCAGGAGGAGGCACAUGACCAGGAGCAGAAGAAGGACGAACCCGAGGCUGAAGUUGCAGUGAUUGCUCCCGUUGAAGCUGCUCAGCCUGCACAUGAGGAAGAACCAGUCAAGGAGCCAGAGUACGAAAUCAAGCAGACGCAGCAGUCCGUCCCCGAGGCUGUCGAGGAGAUCAAGUCUACCGAGGUCAAGGAGCAGGCUGUUGCCCCCAUUGAGACAGUUCAGGAGGAGGAGCCCCAGGUGGUCAAGACUGCUGUUGACGCCGAGCCCUUGUCCGAGGCACCAGUCGCUGUUGAGACCAAGGCUGCUAAUGCUGUCGAGGAGGAGACCAAGACCACUGAUGCUGUUGAGGAGGAGACCAAGACCGCUGAUGCUGUGGAGGAGGAGACCAAGACCGCAGACGCAGACGCAUAGACACCGGCAUACAUAACAUAAGCGCACUGUCUUCUCCUCACAAAUAGUUGAUAUACAACAGUAAUAAUAAAUAGGACAAAAGUGACAACCAUG